CAGAAUAAGACGCUUCCCUGUCACAGAUGCACCAGCAGCUCGGAGCUCCGGACUCUUUAUCUCCAGUCUAUGAUCCUCCAGCCUCCGGGAGGAAGAGAAAGCAGCGGCCGCAAAAAGACGUCUGUUUCCCGGCAGACAGGAUGGCGGGCGAGCGCCGUGGCGGGAACCUGCUGGUGCAGCUUGGCCCGCGGCUGCAGGCGUUCCCUGAGGAGCUGCUCCGCCAACGCCGCAACCACGACGGCCAGACGGAGUACCUGAUUCGCUGGUCCCUCGUUACCAUUGACGACGGCUCUGAGGGUGGUGCCAGCGAGGCUAGCGGGGGGGCUGGCAGCAGCUCGGGGGCCAGCGGCGGCUCCGCGUCCGGAGAGAGCAAAGCAGAGAACGUGCUGAUGUGGAUGUCCAUGGAGGACGUGUACGCUAACUGCCCCACGCUGCUGGGCAAGAGGAAGGACCCGCAGCAGGAGGCACAGCGCGGCGGCGCGAUGUCCGGCGCUCAGAGCCAAGACUUCCCCGCCGACGACACUUUCGAUGAGGUGGAACUGUCGGACAUGAAGGUGGACGUGAAAAACCUGGUGCGCCGCGCCCGGAAGCAGAUGGCCAAGAAGAGCGACUUCUCCAUCAGCAUCACGCACACCAUCCACGUGCUGAGCGCCUACGCUGCCAUUGGCUCGCUGGUGGGCGUGUUCAAGGAGACGGGCGCGCUGCACCUACUGAUGGAGCUGCUGUGCAACAAGGAGACGCAGACCAGGCGCAGCGCCGGCAAGAUGCUGCGUGCCCUCGCCUCGCAUGACGCAGGCAGCCGGGCGUAUGUCCUGCUGUCUCUCAGCCAGCAGGACGGCAUCGAGCAGCACAUGGACUUUGAUAACCGCUACACCCUGCUGGAGCUGUUCGCCGAGACCACGUCCUCCGAGGAGCACGGAGUGUCCUUCGAGGGGAUCCACCUGCCGCAGAUUCCCGGGAAGCUGCUGUUCUCUCUGGUGAAGCGUUACCUGUGCGUCACGUCUCUGAUGGACAAACUGAACACGGCGGGGGUGUCGGACUCUGAGCGGCAGGAGAGCCCCGCCCCCUCCUCCUCUAGCCCCGCUCACCUGAUGGAGAACCGCCUGCAACGCCAGUUCGACUUCACCAUGGCGAUGGCCAACCUCAUCUCCGAGCUGGUGCGUGUGAUGGGCUGGGAUCGCAACCGCCCCCCCCCCGACGGUCUGGGAGGGGGAGAAGACCCGGAGGAACGCCACGUCCUCCGCUCCAUCUUCCAGCCUCGCUUCAGCGACUCCUCCUCCACCGCCGCACUAACAGCUGCCGCCCCUCCUACAGCCGCACCCACUAACGCCGCCUCCACGCAGCCCAAGAAGCAGGCGGGUAACGGGUACAAGACGCGCUCCGACUUCUCCAGCCGCUCUGCCUACGUGGAGUACGUGCAGGACAACCUGAAGAGCGGCAUGAUGGUCCGCAUGCUGGAGGACUACGAGGAGGUGAGCGCCGGAGACGAGGGCGAGUUCAGAUACAGCAACGACGGGUCGCCGCCCGUACAGGUGUACUGGAACUCGCUCUCCAGGACCUACUGGGUUCACUGGCAUAUGGUCCGGGUCCUGGGUGGCGGCAGCCCGGCGGAGAAGGAGACGCAGGAGAAGGCUUCCUCGCUGACGGAGACGCUGAAGCUGAGCGCUGUCAGCCAGUCCUUCUUCUCCAAGCCUCCCGGGGGUCUCUAUUCGCUGCCCUACCUGUCCGAGGGGCCUCACCUGUCAGAGGGGCCCAGAGCAGACCCCCCCGCUCUGAGCCGCGCAGAGUGGUGGGAGAUCCUGUUCUUCAUCAGGAAGCUGGAGGCGGUGCAGCAGCAGGAAGUCAACGUGUUGCUGCAGGGCCUCCACGACCAGGAGGUGCCGCUGGGUGACUCGUCUCUGAUUGGCCUGUCCGUCCCAGGAGACGUGGCGAGGAAGCUGCUGCACUUCCUGAAGCAGAAGCUGCCCACUUCCUGUCUGAGCGACCUGCUGUGUUCACACACCUUCUGCAAACACUAUCUGAGGAGGGGGGGGGGCAGCCUGGAGGACGAGCAGCUGCUGCUGGCUGAGAGCUCUUUGGGUGUGGGGGGGGCAGCCGGAGGACAGACCUCCUCCUCCUCUGCGAUGGGCUCCGUCUCCAAGAAGGCGAAGAAGGAGGUUCCUGUGGAGGAGACGGAGAGCGACCUGCUGUCCGAGUACAAGAGCCGGGUCCCUGCAGACCUACAGGACAGGACCAGAGUGUUUGACCGGCCUCGGCUGCUGGGGAAGAAGACGGUUCUGGAGAAGCUGGUGGAGGUCGUGGACCUUGUGAGGGGGGGGGAACCGGACCUGCAGCUGCCCGCCGUCAUCUUCCUCACCCAGCUGCUGCAGGAUGGGGGGGGGCAGGACAAGAACUCCUGCAGGAGCGACGCCUCACACAACACCAGGGACCAGGUGCUGCGGCUGCUGGUGGAGCUGCUGUCCUCCCCCUGCAGGGACCUGGUCUGCUGCACCCUGACCCUCACCCACCUGCUGCUGACCAGGUUCGACUGGAGGGUGUCCUUUGCCACCGAGGGGGGGGUCAAAGCUGUGCUGAGCUGCAUGCAGGAGCACGCCGCCGCCCCCCCCGUGCAGCGGCUUGCGCUUGCAACCCUGAAAGUGAUUACAGGUGCAGGGAAACACGACCUGCGUGGCGUGGCCGGCACCCCGCCCCUCUCUGAGGCCGGCACUCAGAUGAUGUUGGAGAUCUUCGCCAGCAUCGGCUCGGCGACGGCACCAGGGGCCCGGGGGCCGCUACACGCCCUGCCAGAUGCAAUCCAGCUGCUGCUGCAGACCGAAGGCUGCAGGCUCUCGGUGAGGAACGGGCUGCUGCUGGUCAUCAUGCUGGUCUCCUCCCAUCAGGGCCUGGCGGAGCAGCUGGUCUCCGCCGGCCUCCCCCCUGUCCUCAGGAGGUGUCUGAGUCUGUCCCGGGCCGAGACCAUGUUGGCCCUCAUCGCCCUGAACCACAUCUCCAAGCUGACCCCCCUGCAGGGCCCUGACAGGGAGCUGCUGCAGCUGCAGGACUCGGAGCUGCAGAUGCUCCUGGGGAGUCUGAAGGACCCUGUGGCCUCUAAGGAGGUGGUCCAGACUCUGGAGCAGCUGCUGUGUGAGGAGCAGGAGCAGCGGGACCAGGAGCGCUCUCAGGUGGCUCACAGCCGGGACACCUACCAGGACCUGGUUCGUCUGCUGGACCAGCACCGAGCGGACCGGGCUGCCCAGCUGUCCAUACUCAGGAUCCUCAACAAGUUCCUGGACAGCUACCAGGAGGACGAGCUGCCGUGGCACGAGAGCAUCGAGCCCUGCCUCUCCUCCAUCAGCUGCUUCAUCAGCGACAGGGAGCUAGUGCAGCAGUUCAUCCGCUUCCUGUUCCGGCUGGCCUCCCUGAACAAGGACUACGCCGUGGUGAUGUGCCGGCUGGGGGCCAAGGAGGCUCUGCUGAAGGCUCUGGACAAACACAGCACCCACCUGCUGCUGGUCCCCGAGUUGCGGGACCUCCUCACCGACUGCGAGAAGUACGCCAGCCUCUACAAGAAGAUGACCACCAGCGUCCUGGCAGGCUGCAUCCAGAUGGUGUUGGGUCAGAUAGAGGAGCACCGCCGCAGCCAUCAGCCCAUCAACAUCCCCUUCUUCGACGUGUUCCUCAGGAACCUUUGCCAAGGCUCCAGCGUGGAGCUGAAGGAGGAUAAGUGCUGGGAGAAGGUGGAGGUGUCGUCCAAUCACCAUCGAACUAACAAGCUCACCGACAAAAACCCCAAGACCUACUGGGAGUCUAACGGCUGCACUGGGUCGCACUUCAUCAACAUCUAUAUGCACAAGGGGGUGCUCAUCAGGCAACUGGCCAUCCACGUGGCCAGCGAGGACUCAAGCUACAUGCCGGCCCGGGUCCUGGUUCUCGGGGGGGACGAGCCCACCAACAUCAGCACCGAGCUCAACACGGUGAAUGUGACUCCGUCAGCCAGUCGGGUGGUUCUGCUGGAGAACCUGACCCGGUUCUGGUCCAUCAUCCAGAUCCGGGUCAAAAGGUGUCAGCAGGGAGGCAUCGACACCCGGGUCCACGGGUUCGAGGUUCUGGGUCCGAAGCCGACCUUCUGGCCGGUGUUCAAGGAGCAGCUGUGCUGCCGGACCUUCCUGUUCUACAGUACCAAGGCCCACAGCUGGGUCCAGGAGGUCCUGCAGGACCGGAGCCAGCUGCUGCAGCUCUUCAACAAACUGAACAGCGCUCUGAGACAUGAGCAGAUGUUUGCAGAUCGUUUCCUGCCGGACGCCGAGGCAGCUGAAGCUCUGGGUCGGACCUGCUGGGAGGCUCUGAUCACCCCCAUCGUGCAGAGCAUCACACACACGGAGCCCCCGGGGGGCAGCCCCCUCUCCUGGCUGCUCUCGGAGUAUCUGGAGAACGUGGAGGCGGCUCGCCGCUGCAAGAGCCGGGCAGCCAUCUUUAACUCCAGGGUGCGGCGCCUCACUCACCUGCUGGUCCACGUGGACCUGAGUCGGGCCGAGGGGGGGGAACUCAGACCCCCGAUCCGAUCUAACACUCUGAACGGAGGCAAAGACCUGAAGAACGGAAAGGACGCCAAAAACAAAGAGACAUCAUCCUCCUCCUCUUCCUCCUCCUCCUCCUCCUCAGCCAAACCCAGGGUGAAGAGCAGCAGCAGCAUUGCAGGCGUGGCGCUCUGCUGGCAGGGGGUGGUGCAGCAGCAGGUGCAGUGCUUCCUGCAGUGCAGCUGCAGCCUGCCGGACCUGGUGCAGCGCUACCUGUCUCUGUACCUGCGCCUGCGCAGCGCCAUGCAGGAGCUGUUCGGACCACAGACCGCCUUCGUCCUCGCCCUGAGACACGGCUUCUCCUCCGCCCUGCUGAGCCUGUCUGUCCUCACAGCCAUGCACGUGAGUGAGCGCUUCGCUCAGUACAUGGACCAGAUGAUCGGGGCGGCGGCACCUGGCGGCAGCGCCGAGUCUCUACAGCACCUGCAGCAGUUCCUGGAGCCGCUGCACUUCCUGUCCGGCCUUGAGCUCGCCAACACCUUCGAGCACUUCUACAGGUACUACCUGGGCGACCGGCUGCUGGCCCGGGGUUCUGUCUGGCUGGAGACCGCCGUGCUGGACCAGGUGGGGGGCUGCUUCCCGAGCCGCUUCCCCCAGCAGAUGCUGCAGAACCUGAAGGAGUCCGCCGAGCUGCAGCAGGAGUUUCACCUGUACCGCCUGCAGCAGCUGGACACACACCUGCAGGAGGACCAGCAGAUGAUGGAGGAGGAGUGGGAGGAGGUCCAGGAGGAGGAGGAGCUUCAGGUUCUGGUUCUUUCUCCACGCUGCUGGGCCGUUUCAUCGCUCUGUUUCCUGAACCAGCCGGACCAGCACCUCCCAGAACACCUGAGCUCCUACCUGCACAACUUCACCCAGUUCUACACCCACAGUCAGUCUCUCUCGUCCCUCCCUCACUCGCGCCCCCGCCGCCUGCAGUGGACGUGGCUCGGACACGCUGAGCUGCAGUUCUGCGGCUGCAGGCUGCACGUGUCCACGCUGCAGAUGUUCCUGCUGCUGCAGCUCAACCAGCAGCAGGAGGUGCAGGUGGAGGCUCUGCUGCAGGAGACCGGCCUCUCGGCCCCCGUCCUGCUGCACGCUCUGCAGCCGCUUAUCAGCGAGGAAGGGCCGCUGACCUGCAGCCAGCCAGACGACCCCACACAGGGUGUGCUGCAGCUGGACCACAGCUUUGUGUCCCGCUCCGAAGGGGGGGGUGUCCUGCAGCUGCUGCCCAGACAGACGUACCUGAACGUGGACGAGGACGCGGCGGCGACGCUGGAGAGGAAGAGGAGCUUCAUCUACUGCCUGAUUGUCAACAUCCUGAAGAGAGACAGGAGCCUGCACCUGGACAACCUGGUGUUCAAGGUCCUGGACUCGUGUCAGAAACAGGAAGUGUCGGGGCGCUUCAGCUGCAGCUCGGCUGACGUGUUGUCGUGCAUCGAUCACGUGAUCAGUCGCGGCUGCGUGCGGCGCAGUGAGGAGAACCCGCACAUCGUGGAGUUUCUGCCCGAUGACCCGUCCACCCCGCAGAAGGGUCAGGCUCAGGUGGACUUCAGUGCCGCCGACAGCAGCACGGACUCCAGAGCACCGGACAACCCCCCCCUGCAGGACGGCGUGCUCGACGCCAUCUUGUUCUCCAUGGGACGAACCAUGACUCAGCAGGAAGUCCGGCAGCUGAUGCAGAGGACUGUGCAGCAGGUGUCAGGGACCCUCAGUCUGGACCUGGACCGGGCCGAGCACCUGUUGGUUCACUGCCGCUGGAACGUGGACCUGCUGAUCCAGCGCUACACGGAUGACCAGGACGCCCUGGCACUGUCCGCUGGGCUCCGGACCCCUGAUCCCGGGCCGGUAAGCCCCGCCUCCUGCUGCCCUGUGUGCCUGGGCCCCCCUCCCCCAACAGAACCGGGCCCCUCCCUCAGCUGCCUGCACUACUGCUGCCGGUCCUGCUGGCAGGAGUACCUGACGGCCCGUAUCGAGCAGAACCUCCUGAGCAGCUGCAACUGUCCAAUCACAGACUGCCGGGCCCGGCCCACAUCCAGUUUCUUCCUGAGCGUGCUGACAGACAGUGACACCAUCGCCAAGUAUGAGAGUGCCUUGCUCAGAGGCUACGUGGAGUGCUGCUCCAACCUGACGUGGUGCACCAACCCCCAGGGCUGCGACCAGAUCCUCUGCAGGGAGAACAUGGGCAGCAUGGGAACCUGCAACCGGUGCUGCUGGACCUCCUGCUUCAGCUGCAACUUCCCCGAGGCCCACUACCCGGCCAGCUGCAGCCACAUGUCCCAGUGGAUGGAUGAUGGGGGGUACUAUGACGGGAUGAACAUGGAGGCUCAGAGCAAACAUCUGGCCAAGCUCAUCUCCAAACGCUGCCCCAGCUGCCAGGCCCAGAUCGAAAAGAACGAGGGCUGCCUGCAUAUGACCUGUGCUAAGUGUAACCACGGGUUCUGCUGGCGCUGUCUGAAGCCGUGGAAACCCACUCACAAAGAUUACUACAACUGCUCCGCCAUGGUGAGCAAGGCGGCGCGGCAGGAGAAGAAGUUCCAGGACUACAACGAGAGGUGCACCUUCCACCACCAGGCCAAGGACUUUGCAAUGAACCUGGAGAACAAGGUGUCAUCGGUGAAUGAAGCUCUGCCGAUGAAGACUCUGACUUUCGUCAUCGAUGCCUCUAAGACCCUCGCUCAGGCCCGCAAGGUGCUGGCCUACUCCUGCGUGUACAGCUACUACAACCAGGAGACGGAGAAGAUGGAGGUGAUGGAGCAGCAGACGGAGGCUCUGGACCUCCACACCAACGCCCUGCAGAUCCUGUUGGAGGAAACCCUGCUGCAGAGCUCUGAUCUGGCCUCCUGUGUUCGACUCCUGAAAGCCCCGAGCCUUAACACCGGCCUGGAGCUGCACCGCCGCAUCCACGAGAGGCUGCUGGCCAUCCUUCAGCACUCCACCCAGGACUUCAGGGUGGGCUUCCAGUCGAACACCUCUGACACUUCGCAGAGCAACGUGAGCAACAACACGGACUCCAACAACAAGUCGAAGGCGUCUGAAUCCGGAGAGUCGGACAACAACAACGCUGGGGGGGGCGAGGGAGGGGGCGAGGAGGGGGCGGAGGACGACGAGUACGACGAAGAGUACGUUCCCGAGUGGCACGAGGACUACGACGAGGACGACAUCGAUGAGGACGACUUCUUCUCCGACGACGAUGAGUCCGAGAACCUGGAGCGUGACUUCAGCCCCUUCGACUGACACACACACACACACACACGCGCGCACUGCUGCACUCGCUUCCCCUCUUCCUGUUCCUAUUCUUGUUGGAGGAAGACGUUCCUGGUUCAGUCUGAGGAAGAACCCUCUGCUUCUUCUGACUCCAGUCCCCACUUUAGUUCUGCUCACUUUGAUUUCACUCACCAGUCUGAGGCCUCUAAAUCCAGUUAAUGACCAGGUUAUAAGGGGUCUUACCCCAGUCUAAGAUCAACUUUAGACCCGGUCUAACACCAGUUUUUAUUUGAUUCACCUGCAGUUUUACUUUACUGACAAUUUAGACAUUUUAAGGUGAGAAGUUUCUCAGAACUUUUAUUUAGAUUUCUCUUGGUUUAGUUCGAGGUCUGGAUCUGACUCUAGAUCAGACUCUAGAUCAGACUCUGGAUCAGACUCUAGAUCAGACUCUAGAUCAGACUCUGGAUCAGACUCUGGAUCAGAUUCCAACUCUGGACCAGACUCUGGAUCAGACUCUGGAUCAGACUCCGACUCUGGAUCUGGACCUGACUCUGGAUCAGAGAAGGGAUUCUCCUCCAUGUUUUGUAUCAUCACACACCUCCAGUUGUUUCAAAGACGGAGGCCGCCUUUGUUUGAGAGGAUAUUAAAGCUUCAGAUUUGGAUCUCCUCGUUUUAUUUGAUACGUGUUUGUAGAUGGCUGGUAGGAUCUGAAGGAGUUCUGAUACUCAUCUCUGUGUUUGAGAGAUGUUAUAUUCAUAUAUCUUUAUUCUGCUUCCUGGGACUCCAGCGACUCAAUAAAGCUUUUUCUGCUGCA